AUGAUCAAUAUGGUUGCAUGUACGCUGCUCCUCAAUCCAGAGACUCCCAGAGCCGCGGUGCAGAUGCGCACUCUGCCGGGCCUGCUCCUAGCUCUCGUUGCCGCGCUCCUGAACGGAACCACAAGCAUAUUCUCGAGAGACGAGGUCAAAGGGCCCGACGUGGACAUCUUUGUAUUCCACUUCUGGGCGUGCAUGGGCGUCGCGCUGACGGGGCUCCUGUUUCUUCUCGUCACCCCGGUCGUGUGGACGCCGCUCGGGGUGGCCAGCGGGGUGCUCAAUGUGCUCUCGUCCGCGUGCGCCUUCUGGGCGGCAAGCCUUGUCGGCGUGUCCGUCGCGCCCGCCAUCUGGUCCGGCGUUACGGCUCUGGUGUCUUCCCUCUUCGGCGUUUUGCUGGAUCCCAUCGGGCGGAGGGUUAGCGACUUACCUGCGGCUUUGGCGGGGCUCGCCCUGCUUAUGGCGGGGAUAGCGGGCAUCGCUUAUGCCUGUGAAAGGUCCUAUCAGGCGGAGCGAGAACGUCAAGAAAGUCGACUUCUAGAAGAUACGGGAGGGAGCGUGAGCGAAACAAGAAGGGAGCACAAAAGCGGGCUGCUCAUCGCUGCACUAGCGGGGUUCUUUGGCGGCCUGGUUCUGGUGCCCAUGGAGUAUGCCCCCCGCGAGGCACGUGGCCUCUGUUUCUUGCCACUAAUGGCCGUGGGAGCAAUUGUCGCAGCCCCGGUAGUCGACAUGAUGGCGCUGUUCGCCCGGGGGAAGCCCCUUGGGUUGAACUUGCGAGAGGCGGCACCCCCAGGAAUUGCCGCCGGAAUCUGCUGGAACAUUGCCAACGCCGCCAGCAUCCUGGCCAUCCAGUACCUGGGCUACACUCUCGCAUACCCCAUCAUGCAGUCCAGGAUGUUCGUUUCCGGACUUUGGGGAAUUCUAGUCUUCCACGAGAUGAAGGACCCCAACGCAAGAAGGAUCUACUGGCUUUCAGGGCCGUUUCUGCUUCUGGGCGCGACCUUGCUCGCUUUCGCAAGUUAG